AUGGCUACUAGGGCCAAGUUUGCGUCAUGGUUUAGUUCAUGGUUAAGCCAUGGCACAAACAGAACAAUUGCAGAAGAUCCAACAUUUUAUGCAUCCUUGCAUGCACCAAUUGUAUCAGGAUUCGGUUAUAAUAAUGAAAUAAAUCAUCAAAAUAAGAACCCACUUAAUGUAGAUGAGCAGAAUACUGAAUUCAACGAAGGAAGUCUUGUACAACAAAGGAAGUCUUGUACAACAAAGGAAGUCUCGUACAACAAAGAAAGUCUUGUACAACAAAGGAAAACACCGAUCCAUAUUCAAUUAGAGUGCGCAAGAAAAGAACGGCGCCAAAAAAGGCACAUAAAUUAUCAAAGAACGUCUUAG